AUGUUCACUUAUCUAUCUAUCUAUCUAUCUAUCUAUCUAUCUAUCUAUCUAUCUAUGCAUUCGGUUGAAGGCUCUAUGGUGCCUCAAGCGGACGUUUUCAACCGAGUGCAGAAAGAUAUACUGACACAUACGAAGAAGUUCGAUACAGAUAUAUACAUUAUCUAUCUAUCUAUCUAUCUAUCUAUCUAUCUAUCUAUCUAUCUAUCUCUAGCUAUCUAUCUCGGCCAGUUCAUUAUCUAUCUAUCUAUCUAUCUCGGCCUGUUCAUUAUCUAUCUAUCUAUCUAUCUAUCUAUCUAUCUAUCUAUCUAUCUAUCUAGGUCUCUUCAUAUUCACUUACCAGACUAUCGAAAAGGGAUAGACCUACGUUCCGCCAAUAUCCUACCACCCACCCACCACCACCAACGACAACUGUCAACAGCAUCACGUGAUUUCGAUCGCCCUCCCCCGCAUUUCUCGGGAUCUUCUUUUAGGCGACUCAUUGAUUUGUAUACCACAUUAUCUAUCUAUCUAUCUAUCUAUCUAUCUAUCUAUCUAUCUAUCUAUCUAUCUAUCUCAGUCUGUUUCUCUCUCUCUUUCUCUCUCUCUCAAGCAUAG